AUGCCGGGCUCCCGCUGCAGGACGCCGGAGCUCAAGUCCUCUGGAGGCUUGGAUAAGGAGGGAGACGGCUCUCGAGAAUCUGCUGAGGUGACGGCCGGAUGUGAUGGUUUGGUGUUUUUACUGGUUUUGGCACCAGAGGGGAAGGUUGGAGCAGAUGGCCGCCUGUGUCUGCAGAGCUGCUGGCCAGAACAACUGAAGAGCCGGCUGAAGGAGUAUGGCCUCGUCACGCCGUUCAGCACCGACUCUCAGGGACAUUACCUGUCGCACCUGCUCUCGGCCAAUCACAAGCAGCGCGUCAAGAGGGAGGUGUUUGCCUCCGGGGAAGCCGAGCAGAGGCUCUUCUUCAACAUCACCGCCUUCGGGAAGGAGUUCCACCUCCGCCUGCGGCCCAACGACAGGCUGGUGGCUCCGGGCGCCAUGGUGGAGUGGCACGACGAGGUCCAGGGAUUCGGGAACGUCACCGAAACCAUGGGCGACGACGGCAACGCGGGCGCCAACGAGACCGAACCCUCCGGCGGGAUGGAGAGGAUACUGAGCCGUGAGCUGCUGAAGACGGACUGCACCUUCAUCGGUGACAUCACAGACGUUCCCGGGGCCUCGGUUGCCAUUAACAACUGUGACGGACUGGCUGGGAUGAUCCGGACCGACGCGGACGAGUACUUCAUCGAGCCGCUGGAGCGAGGCACGCAGGAGCUGGAGGACCAGGGCAGAGUGCACGUGGUGUACCGCAGGUCGGCUCUGCUGCAGGAGCCCUCCGACAUCUCUGUGGACUACCAGCUGCAAGAGCCUGAGCUGGAUGUCGCGGGGACGCUGGACUCUGUAGCCCAGCAGGUCAACCAGACUGUCCGCAAACGCCGCCACGCCGGGGACGACGACUUCAACAUCGAAGUGCUGCUGGGGGUUGACGACUCGGUGGUUCGUUUCCACGGCAAGGAGCACGUGCAGAACUACCUGCUGACGCUCAUGAACAUCGUCAAUGAGAUUUACCACGAUGAGUCACUGGGAGCCCAUAUCAACGUGGUGCUGGUGAGGAUGAUCAUGCUGGGAUACGCCAAGUCCAUCAGCCUCAUCGAGAGAGGAAACCCGUCGCGGAGCCUGGAGAACGUUUGCCGCUGGGCGUUAGUGCAGCAGAAGGCCGACCCCGAUCACUCCGAGCACCACGACCACGCCAUCUUCCUCACUCGCCAAGGCUUCGGCCCCACCGGGAUGCAGGGUUACGCUCCAGUGACAGGGAUGUGUCACCCGGUCCGCAGCUGCACCCUCAACCAUGAAGACGGCUUCUCCUCGGCCUUCGUCGUGGCCCACGAGACCGGACACGUGUUGGGCAUGGAGCACGACGGCCAAGGCAACCGCUGCGGGGACGAAACGGCCAUGGGGAGCGUCAUGGCCCCUCUGGUGCAGGCGGCCUUCCAUCGCUACCACUGGUCCAUGUGCAGCGGACAGGAGCUCAAGAGAUACAUCCACUCAUAUGACUGUCUUCUGGAUGACCCCUUCAAACACGACUGGCCUCAGCUGCCCGAGCUCCCCGGCAUCAACUACUCCAUGGACGAGCAGUGCCGAUUUGACUUUGGAGUGGGCUACAAGAUCUGCACCUCGUUUCGCACAUUUGACCCGUGCAAGCAGCUGUGGUGCAGUCACCCGGACAAUCCUUAUUUCUGCAAAACCAAGAAGGGGCCGCCUCUCGACGGGACGGAGUGUGCGCCGGGGAAAUGGUGCUACAAAGGUCACUGCAUGUGGAAGAACCCUAAUCAGGUGAAGCAGGACGGCGCCUGGGGCUCCUGGAGCAAAUACGGCACCUGCUCGCGCUCCUGCGGGACCGGAGUUCGCUUCCGGACGCGCCAGUGCAACAACCCAGCGCCCUCCAACGGUGGCCAGGAUUGCCCAGGGGUAAACUACGAGUAUCAGCUCUGCAAGACCGACGACUGCCCCAAGCACUUUGAGGAUUUCCGAGCCCAGCAGUGCCAGCUCCGCAACUCCCACUUUGAGUUCCAGAACACCAAGCACCACUGGCUGCCCUACGAGCAUCCCGACGCCAGCAAGAGAUGCCACUUGUACUGCCAGUCGAAGGAGACGGGGGACGUGGCGUACAUGAAGCAGCUGGUGCAUGAUGGGACACGCUGCUCGUACAAGGACGCCUAUAGCAUCUGCGUGCGCGGAGAGUGUGUGAAAGUUGGCUGUGAUAAAGAAAUCGGCUCCAACAAAGUGGAAGACAAAUGUGGAGUUUGUGGCGGCGACAACUCCCACUGCCGCACCGUUAAAGGGACGUUCACCCGCACGCCAAAGAAAGCCGGUUACCUUAAGAUGUUUCUCAUUCCCCCUGGAGCUAGACAUGUGGUCAUCCAAGAACAUGAGGCCUCCCCUCAAAUUCUUGCGAUCAAGAACCAGGCGACAGGGCAUUACAUCCUCAACGGAAAAGGAGAGGAGGCCAAGUCCAAAAGCUUCAUCGACCUGGGAGUGGAGUGGGACUACAUCAUCGAGGACGACGUGGAGACGGUGCACA